AUGUCAAGUGCGGGGUACCUGGACGGAAAAGACACUGUCACCUCAGUCGACCACGUUGAAAAUGCUCAGAGUGUGCCAGGUAUUACAAAUUACAGGCUCUAUAAGCGGCGAUUUUCAGGGUUAUUAGGCUUCAUUAUACUCGGAAUCGUCACUGGGAUGCAAUGGUCAUGGUUCGGACCUAUUGCAACUGACACUGCCAAUGAGUUUGAUAUCUCAUUGGCUCAGGUUAACUGGCUUGGAAACAUGGCACUUUGCGUAUCCCUUCCUGCUUCAUUCCUUGUGCCUGUCAUUGCUUCCCGCUAUGGCAUACGGCGAUGCUCAGAAAUUGGGGGAGUCAUGUUACUCAUCUCUGCUUGGGUCCGCUAUGCGGGCACUAUUCGUUCAUUAUCUCCACACUCUGCCUAUGUUCUCCUCUUUUUCGGCCAGCUCUUCGGUGCCAUCUCGAAACCAGUAUUCCCGAUAUUAGGGCCGGUGUUUUCGGAGAGGUGGUUUGAUCUCAAAAGUCGCACCACGGCAACGAUGGCCAUUGCUAUCGCUGGUCCGAUUGGGUCGGCACUCGGCCAACUUCUCUCCCCUUCCAUGAGCACGGUACGACAAUCGAUCGUUGUACUCAGUAUUAUAUCCACUGCAGCGCUUCCAGCUGUCCUUCUCAUCCUCGAUUGGCCCCCUUCACCACCUACUUACUCAGGCUCUAAACAACCUCUGUCUUUUACCUCUCUGUUCCGUGCCACGCUAGGUCUUGCAGUUUCCAAAGAGGCGUAUAUGUCGCGUCGUGAACGUAUUGAUUUUGUGAUCUUGACGCUUGUCUUUGGCAGCUUAGAUGGUGCAAUCAACGUAUUGAGCGUCCUAUCAGCUCAGUGGUUUCAACCCGUCGGUUAUUCAGAUACCACAUGUGGCCUUCUGGGUGCGACCUUGUUCCUGUCCGGAAUUACUGCAGCUGUAUUCUCUGCGCCGUUAUUUGACCGCGUGUUUACGCAUAGUAUGGGAGUGACGUUCAAGACCCUUGUUCCUAUCGUGUCUUUAUUGUGGUUAUCGCUGAUCUGGGCUGCCAAACCAAACAAUGCUGCAGCUCUUUUUGUUUCCAUGGCCGUCAUUGGGAGUUGCUGUAUGACCAUACUGCCACUGGCAAUAGAACUUGGGAUUGAACUGACAAGAAAUGCAAAUGGAAGCUCUGCCAUCUUGUGGUGUUCCGGAAAUUUGUUUGGUAUCAUAUUAAUCCUGGUCGAAGGUGCUCUCCGCGCUCCGUCGACUGCCGAUCCGCCUUACAACAUGCGUGACUGCACUCAUCCUCCAUGGGCCCGACGUGAAGUCGAUGAAGCCAUGAUAAAGGCUACAGUCCUGGGUGCUGUCAAUACCGGUGGAGUUAGGUUGGUCUUACAAGACGAGCGUGCCAAUAUUUGGAGAUACUUGUGUAGGCCGUUAGAUGCCCACUUCAUACCAUGGCAAAAACUUCUCUUCGACUUUGCAAGUAUUGCACGGCUUCCACCUCCAUCUCCGCCUCCCGAGAAACUUCGCUGA